GCUUUCCUCCAAUAGAAAAGUUUAUUUGGACGGGACGCUCCGGCGGGUGGGCUGUGGGACGAUGCGGUUCGGGUCCAGGUGUGCCAUGCCGACAGUGUAACCCACUGAAAUUUACCAUUUUGCCUCAAAGCCCUGUGCAGUUCAUGUCCUGUCAUCAACUUUUUGUUCAUCCCUCUCUCCAUUUGCCUGUCUGACAUCAGUGAGUGAGUGUGGUCACUGUCAUGGCUUCCACUGCUUUCCUGCUACUGGCACUCUCCUCCUCAAUCUCCUACACAGUGGCAAUCCUGUUUGGUGAACCCAGAAUAUUCGGAGAGGAUGCGACUGGUUAUGGCCCCAUCUUUGAGGAGGAGCCUAUUGAUGUGGUCUAUACUGAGGACUCACCUGAAGGGAGAAUAUCAAUGAACUGCAGAGUACGGGCAAAUCCUCCAGCCACAUACAGAUGGCGCCGUGAUAACUGGGAGAUCAAACUGAUGGAGCAGCCUGAUGAACACUACAGUCUGGUGGGAGGGAAUCUGGUUAUCACCAACCCUAGACAGAAGAAACACGCUGGGACGUACGUCUGCGUGGCCUGGAACGUCUACGGCACCGUCAUCAGCAAAGAGGCCAGAGUCAAGUUUGGAUAUCUAGAGGAGUUUCCACAGGAGGAAAGAGACCCAGUGUAUGUCAAAGAAGGGCAGGGGGCAGUCCUGCUUUGUGCCCCUCCAAAAGCCUGGCCACAGGAGGUGACUUACCGUUGGAUCUACAAUGAGUUCCCAGUUUUCAUGUUCACAGACAAUCGCCGGUUCGUCUCUCAGAAGACAGGGAACCUGUACAUCUCCAAGGUGGAAGCUCAGGAUGCAGGAAACUACUCAUGCUUUGUUUCCAGUCCCAUUAUUGGAAAAAGUGUCUUUUCCAAGUUCAUCCCCCUCAUCCCUUUACCCCCUGAAGAUGGUGAGGAGAGGAAGUAUCCUGCAGACAUCAGAGUGAAAUUCCCAGACACAACGGCCAUGCUGGCAUCUAAUAUUACAUUGGAGUGUUUUGCUUUGGGAAACCCCAUCCCACAUAUCGUAUGGAGGAAGGUGGAUGCCACAGACCUUCCACCAAAUCAUGAGAUCAGUGAAUCAGGAGCAGUCCUUCAUCUGUACAAUGUCCAGUAUGAAGAUGUGGGAGGAUAUGAGUGUGAAGCCAUCAACACUAAAGGAAAAGACUGGCACAAGGCCUGGCUCUAUGUAGAGUCGGCCCCAGAGUGGGCAGAAACCAUCAACAACACUCAGAUCGACAUUGGCUCAGAGCAUACUAUGCGUUGUGUGGCAUCAGGGAAGCCUUUUCCUUUCAUCCGCUGGUACAAAAAUGGAUACAUGUAUGGAAAAGGCGAGUUGAAGUUUUCUAGUCUUACCUUUGAAGAUUCUGGGAUGUACCAAUGUAUCGCUGAGAACUACUGGGGUAUCAAGUACGCCAAUGCUGAGCUACGAGUAAUUGCCUGCGCCCCUACAUUUGAGUUUAACCCUGUGAAGCAGCAGCUGCUGGGGGCUAAAGAUGGCCGUGUGGUGAUUGAAUGCAAACCCAGAGCAGCUCCUAGACCUCGGUUCACCUGGACUAAGGGCAAAGAACUUCUCUUUAACAACUCACGUAUUUCUAUCAUGUAUGAUGGGAGUCUGGAGAUCCUCAAUGCCACCAAAAAUGAUGAAGGGCUCUACACAUGCUUGGCUGAGAACGACAGAGGAAAGGGCAGCAGCUCUGGCUAUCUUACCAUCACAGAGGCAACCAGCUUGACAGUGGCCCCUGAGGACACUGAGGUGAAGGUUGGUGAUGAGGUGAUUCUUAAAUGCUCUGCUUCAUACGACCCCAUGCUGGACAUCACAUUUAUCUGGGCUAUAGACUUCAGGGUCAUCAACUUCGACACAGAAUGGCGACAUUAUGAGCGUGUCAUGAGUGAAGAUGGCAGUGGUGACCUGAGAAUAAAGAAUGUUCAGAUCUGGCAUGAGGGUCGCUAUACCUGCACUGCUCAGACGGUGGUGGACAAUGAUACAGCCUAUGCUGAUCUGAAAGUUGUAGGUGUUCCCGGGCCCCCUGGUGUCCUCAGGAUCGAAGAGAUUGGGGACACAUGGGUGAAGUUGUUAUGGAGUAAGGGAGCGGAACAUAACAGCCCCAUUCUGUACUAUACUGUACAGACCAGACACUUCUGGGCUUUGAAUGAAGAUGACUGGAGAAAUGCCAGCACCUCACCUACGUUUCUUGAUGGGAAUGCGGAGAGGGCAGAUGUGACAGAUCUGUACCCUUGGAUGGAGUAUCAGUUUAGGAUCAUCGCUACCAACGAGUAUGGCUCUGGAGAGGCCAGUAUACCUUCCCUCAAGAUCAAAACAUGGGAUGCACCUCCAGUGGUAUCUCCCACUGAUGUGGCAGGAUAUGGAGGUAGAAAUGGAGAAAUUGUCAUCUCAUGGACACCUGUAGAGCCAUGGCACUUCUAUGGCAAGAAAUUUGGCUACAUUGUGGCCUUCAAGCCUCACGAUGCCUAUGACUGGUGGUAUGAGACCAUCUCAGAUCCAGAGACAAGGCGAUACGUUCACAGAGACUCUUAUUUUGUUAUCACUGAGGAAGAUUUUCAGGUUAGAGAGUUUCAGGUGAAGAUAAAGUCAUUUAAUGUAAAAGGAGAUGGGCCUUACAGCCUCACCAAGGUCAUCUACUACCCACGAGAUGUACCAACAGAUCCUCCAACAGACGUCUAUGCCCGGCCAGUGUCCUCCACAGAAGCUCUGGUUUGGUGGUUGCCAGUGAUAGACACUGGUACAGGCCUGCAGCAGUACAUUGAAGGAUACCAGGUGAAAUACUGGAGGAAGUACGAUGACCCAGAACCAGGAGCCAAUCGCAUAUUUGUUCCAGCAUCAGUCAACCAGACCAGGCUAGAGAACAUGCUGCCAGACUCUCACUACCUCAUUGAGGUCCGUGCCUUCAAUGGAGCUGGCCUUGGACCCCCUGGUGAACACUGUGAGAUGUUCACCAAGAGACCACCACCACCUGACCCUCCCAGAAUGUGGCGCUAUAUUUCCUGGACUGGAAAGUGGCUGUACGUGUGGUGGGAUCACAUCCAAUAUGACUGGUUCGGCAACAUUUCCUUCCCACUGUAUUACAAGGUUAUGUUCAGAAAGACGGGGUACAUCUAUGGGAAAGUCUACAUCACCGGCUGGCACUUCAUGGACUUCCCCAUGCCUCAGGUCGGAGACUAUGAACUGAUGGUGCGUGGCCGUUAUGAAGGCGGAGAUGGCCCAGUCAGGAAGAUUAGUAUAAAGGGUAAAGCAUGCAUGGCCACACCUGCGCUGAGCUUCCUGUCUAUGGUGCUGCUGGCACUGUACAUUUUGGGGUUGGAAAUAUAAACCUGCCACAGAAGACAUGUACUGUAAAUACAAAAACUCUGGGAAGUUAAUGUGUUGAACUAAUCAGAGAUUCAGUUUUCACUCUCAACACUAUAAAUUGGUCCAUCAACACAUGCACAAGAUCUGACAUUACGCCUAUGUUGUCUGUCGCCUCUAUAUCACUGAAGUUGAUCAGUGCAAUAUAACCGUAUUUAAAUUAUCCCAUACUUUUUGGACAUUUUUUCCAUCUAAAAGAACCACAUAGCGGUGCUUCAGAACUGUAAAGUGUGUACAGUUACUGCAACACUGGCUUUAUUUGUACUGUAUUUCACCUCCAGUCUAACAUCCCUCCACUCCUAAUUUAUCUCUUAACUCAGUCGGACAGUCCUUCAACCAUAUGUACAACACUCCUGAUAUCAAACAAAUAUCUUCACUGAAGUCAUCUUCAAGCUGUAAAUGCACUACCACCUAUUCAGUCAUCUGUUAAAGUUUAAAUAAGCUGAACAAACAGGACCAAGCUAGAACUUAGUAGAUCUACCAUUAGCUCUAGAGUGGAGAAAUGUAAACCAUAAUGAGAACUCAGAUGGUUAAAUAUCAAAAGUUACACAGUCAUUGUAUAAGAUUUGCAAUGAGUCAAGGAAGAAGCAUGAAUGAGCUGAAAAAGGAACAGGAUGUCAUUUAUGUUUUUGUUGAAAUUGUUGCUUUUCUCCAGUUUCACAGACAGAAAACAAAUCUUUUCCUUUUACAUCAUCAAUAAACUGCCAUGUGGUUUGAGUUUCCACUUGCAUCCUUAAAAAGAACCAUGGGAAGAUCAUUUUUAGUUAAAGCUUUACCAGUGAAAGCUAUUUCACUUUGUCAUUUGGGGUCAGUGAUGAUAUUUGAUGGUGACGAUGUUGCGCCGCAUACGAAUUACCUGUGAGACCAGGAUCGGACAGAAACUGCUUUAAACUACUUGUAUGCUAAUUUCCUUUGUUCUGUUAAACUGCAAAGCAAUUAAAGAGAUUACAACCAAAAA